CUGGCGCCCUGCCAAGGCGGAAGUCGUCCGAGAUGAUGGCGGCCGUUAUUCCCUUCCGUGGCUCCUCAGCGAGGUCUGCCUGGACACCGCUCGCCUCGAUGUUGCUGCUGCUGCUGCUGCUUAUCGUGCCGGGACCCGCGUUGACCAGAAGGAAUCGAGUCAAACUACUGACUGACGGAGCGUGGCAAGAACUGCUGCAGGGCGAGUGGAUGGUGGAAUUCUAUGCUCCUUGGUGUCCUGCCUGUCGGAAUUUACAGCCAGAAUGGGAAAGCUUUGCCGAAUGGAGUGAGGAUCUUGAAGUGAACAUUGCCAAAGUGGAUGUAACAGAGCAGCCAG